CCGCAGAGCUUCUGUGGUCGUGUUGGAGUCCAAUCACCGCAUUUCAUCUAGACCUCUGCUCGGAGAAGUUGAUUCAUCCGCCUGAGGGGAAAAUAACGACUCGCCAGUUUAAGGAAGAGCAACGAUAAACCGCACCAGGGCAGCACUCUCUAAACUUUCCUCCACUAAAGAAAGAAAGAAGAACAUUUGUUUAACCUGCUCGUAGUUAGGGGUCGAAUACACGCAGCACACUGUCUGUUUAGUGAACUUUGGUAAGUACAGAAUGGCCGAUACAACUGCGUCCGGCUCUCCCAGCUGCGUGGAGAGGCUGAAAAGCUACGUGAAGACCCAGAAAGGGUUCAUCCUGGCAGCAGAAAUACUUGUCAGUUUUAUCGUCAUCAUCUGCUAUGCUGCUUCCGUGUAUGGAGGCUACUCUGCGUUGGCCAUAUGUGAGAUGAUCUUCUCCAUGAUCUUCUUCGGCAUCUUCAUGAUGGACCUGGACAAGCAGAUCCUAGUGAUCAACUGGGUCUGGACUGAUCUGUUCCGUGCUGGGAUUGGUGCCGUCCUCUACAUCAUCACCUCUCUGGUCAAUUUCAUUGGAGGAUCUGGGGAUGGAGCUCGUAUCGCAGGCGCGGUGUUUGGCUUGAUCGCUGGGCUGAUAUUUGCGUACGACACCUACACAAUCUUCCUCCAAGUCAAAAGUAACAGACAGCACUCAGCAGCUCCAACUGAUGACAGAGUUUAAAUGUUCUCAGACAGAAAUACUUCUGUCAAGAACACAGAAGAACCAAAAGCAGUCAUUUGGGCAAAGGUUAACAGAGGAGCGGGUCAGAGAGGAGGAUGGACAGUAAAAUGAGCAAGUCACAGUUUAAUAAAUGCUGCUGCAUGGCCUGAACAGAUGAAAUGUAUCUUAAAGAAUGAAGCCAGAGAAGAAGAUGGCAUAGCCUUAAUGAGGGGUGCUGGCAUCUGUCUGUAUGUCUACUCCAUGAGGGAUUCCCCUCUCAAACUUUUAUUCCAACCAGAGUAAAACGGGAAAGCUGCCAAUAAUAGGGAACACUUUGAUUAAUGCAGAGAGAUUAUGAAAGAGCGACCUAGCACUCAAAGAAUCCUCAACCGAUGCUUCUGAGAUAAUUCCAUAACAGCAAAGACGCUGGUAAAGUAUAACCUCUUGGGGGAUAAAAAGCUUUUUAAAACAUUAUUUUGGGGGCAGCAAACUCAUAAAGCACUCUUUUUUCCAGGUGUCCCCUAAAUCACUGAAAUAAGAGUUCAUUUUCAUAAUCCUUUAAAUAUCUCCCCAUAUAAGUGCCCAAUGGUCUUAUCAAGAUGCCAAAUGGCCAGACUUGCUUCUAGGAGGACUUUGGAUGAUGUCAUCAUGCAACUUGUCUAAUACACUUGUCUACUGUUAAUGGACUGCUGUAGUAAAUAGUAACUGUGUUAUUUGGGCUUCAGAAGCAACUGACACAGAGGUGGUGCUUUUUGAAUCGUUUAAUAUUAUAAAUGUCUUCUUGAGGGACUUUUUUUGUACUUUCUCAGCUGGUUAAACCUUUGCUUUUCUGUUAUUUAAUAGUGUUCUGUGUGUUUUACAGUGCCUUAAAAGUCUCAUUCAGAGUAACCAGUUCCCUCACCUUCUUCCGUUUCAUCUUUUGUUUCUAAGUACUAAAACAUUUGAUUUCAUUUUUAUUAAUCAGCAAUCUUUGGCCGUUUAUCUUCUAGAGUUUUGGAAUUUAGGAACCAUAGAUAGCCCAUUAACUAAACAACCACACUUUUAUUAUUUAAAAUUACAUCAUCAUCCUCAAGUUUUGCCUACAGCUCUUGGAUUCUUGCUCAGGUUAUGCAUUUUUCUUACAUUUGUAACACAUUUUUAAGGUGCUACAGUAUUUUUCUGUAGACUGUAUACUGCUCAGUAGCACAGUCCAUUUUUUGAACAUGCUAUGUUAACAUUAGGAUAUGUACUGCGAGUGUUUCUUCAACCCCUUUGGUGUUUUUUUUUUUCAUUUUAAUAUGCUUUACAAGAGUCUGUAAUUUAAAAGUUCGAAGGGAAAUAAAAGCCAUUUUACCACAA